AUGGUGCCGUUGGCGACGGUUCUCGCGCUUCUGUGCGCCCUCGGGGCGCCUCGGACCGUUCUCGCGUUCCGCAGCCCCAUUCUUCCCGGUAUGCGUCAGCCGGUGCUCCCGCUCGGCGCACCUGCACAACGCGAAGCCAGGAAGGACCCGCAAGAACCGUCUCAAGGCACAGGCGACGCGGAGGAUCUCGUUCCGCUGCGGCUGUGCGAGUGCGAGGACGCGGGAGGCAACCAUCCCGACGAUCUCUCGUGCCGGAAGGACGGUUGGUUCCUGACAGGGUACAAACACGAGGGGUCGUGGCUCGUAGGCGGCGGCGUGGUCCCGCUGUCUCCGGCGCGGUGCUGCCGCCCGUGCGUGGACGAGGCCGACCUGCCGAGCGGCACGCUCGCCGCCGAGGAGGCCGUCGUUGGCGUCACAGAGCUCGGGUGCCACCGGUCCACCGCGGGACCGCAGUGCGAGGUCUCCAGCUACGCCAACAGCUUUGCAACAGGCUGGAUCUCCGCGAGCCCGAUCUUCUCGGCCAGUUUCGGCGAGUGGUUCCCGCUCGGCCCGCCCACGUGCUGCACGCCGCAGCUCCUCCUCUCCUCGGGCCGCACGCUCCCGAUCGUACGCUGCAACUGCGUCCAGGACCGCGGCGCCACGUGCGCGCCCGACACCGGCGCCGUCAGCCCCGACGACACCCCCGGGUCCUUCCACGUCGGUUAUACCGACUCCCGCAACAUGCACCUCGGGUCAGACGGAGACGGCGCAGUCCCCCUGGCGCCGUCCAAGUGCUGCGGGAUGUGCAUCGACCCCGCCGCGGACCCCCCGUCGUGCCGCGACCUCAGCGCGUGCCACGGCAACGGCCGGUGCGUCCUGGGUGCCUGCGAGUGCUUCGCGGGCUUCACCGGGUCGGACUGCUCGCGGCGCGAGGCGACCAAGGGCGGCAUCCUGUCGAACGUGCCGCUCUGGCUGCUGAUCUUCGUCGCGAUCGGCGCCGUCGGCAUGUCCGCCGUCACGGCGCUGGUGUUUGCGAAGAUAUAUUUAGACACCGAUGGGUUCACGCGGCGGCCCGGGUGGGAGUCGGAGGAGGAGGAGGAGCGGCAGCCGCUGCUGGACUUCGGGUCGGACGACCACGGCAGCGUCGGGAGCGUCGACACGGACGCCGAGUCGGUGCUGUCGGACGAAGAGGUGGACGGGGACGGGGGGGGGAGUGGAGGGGGGGGGUUCGAGCAGGCGAUGGCGGCGGUGGUGGCGGAGCGCGAGGAGGGCGAGGGGGCGCCGGAGGGCGAGACGCGGCGGCGGUCGCGGCUCGCGCGCAGGCUGCCGCUUGGCAUCUGGCGGCGGUGGCGCGGCCGCGACGCGGGGUCGUCGCAGGAGGGGGACGGGGCGGCGGAGGAGGGCGCGGACGUCGAGGAGGGCGGGGACGACGCGGCGACGGGCGAGGCGGCUUCGGAGGCCGAGGGGGAGUCGAGUCAGGUCGAGGGGGGCAGUGUUGCCGCGGGCGAGGAGCGCUUGGGGUCGGAGGCGGCGUCCGUCGCGGAGGAGGAGGAGGCGGGCGCCGAGCAGGACGUCGCGCACCACCCGAUGGAGCGGGAGACGCCGCUGGCGGGCAGCGACGGCGACAGCGACGCGGAGGGCGAGGAGAAGCCUGCGCACGGCGCGGACGACCAGGACGCGGACGACAAGGGCCUGCCUGGGACGGAGUGCUGCAUUUGCUACGCGAAGCCCGUGCAGGUGGCGACGGUGCCGUGCGGGCACGCCGCCAUGUGUCGCCGCUGCAGCCGACGCAUGCUGCGAUGCCCCAUCUGCCGCGUGGUGGUCGCGCGGCGCCAGAAGCUCUACGUCGCGGGCGGCCUGCCGCCGUGA